AUGUCAAAAGAGGAUCGCUUAAAGUUAAAACAUCCAGAUUACUGGGACCGAGACCCUAAUACCUGGGGGAACGUCAACGAUUGGGACAUUUACUGGAUUGAACUGCCACACUCAACAACGAUUAAUAAACGAAAUUCACACUCAGCAUUGGCUGAUGAAUUUAGAGUCCUAAAGCAGAUAUACGAUAGCACAGAACCUGCUUAUAAAAUAGCUUGUGAUUUGCAAAAUGGUUUGAAGGGAAGUAUCAUUUUUUUUUUGCGACUUCGCAGUUUUGAUGGUGCUAGCAAACGUAGCUGGCGUACUCUAUGUCUAAUCCGGCAACCGAGUGUUGAGAAGAAACGUUGGUCAGAACGAGUGUCCGUGGCAUCUUGUGAACUUCCAUCCCAUCCAAUACUUCAAAGAAUGGAGAACAUGCAAAAUAACAAAGUUUGGAUGAAAAAGGAGCAAAUCACAUCAUUGAAGUUAGAUUCCAAUUUGAUCGAUUUGGAAUUGGAGAUUGACAAGGCAACUCAACAAGGAUUUCAAAUUGCGCAACAAGGACUUCAGGAAUAUGCUGAUGCCGAGUUUGAUACAAUGAAACGAGAAAGGAAGAAAAUUCGAACCGGUUAUAUUUGGUCAUAUGGUCAAUCCCCUCCUUAUAAUA